CGCGCGGCUCCGCCCUCACAUGCGCCUGCGCAGGGUCGAGGGUUAAUUCGACCGCGGAGUCCGGGGGCUCCAAGGUAUGAGUGGCGAGUGGCGCGCAGGUUGAGUGAAGUCGCGAGGCGAGCGCUGCGCCAUGCCGGGGAUGGUGCUCUUUGGCCGGCGCUGGGCCAUUGCAAGUGAUGACUUAGUCUUUCCAGGAUUUUUCGAGCUGUUCCUGAGAGUGCUGUGGUGGAUUGGCAUUCUGACUUUGUAUGUCAUGCACAGAGGGAAGUUGGAUUGUGCCGGUGGAGUCCUGCUCAGCAGUUACUUGAUCGUUCUCAUUGUGCUGCUGGCAGUUGUUAUAUGUACUGUGUUAGCCAUCGUGUGUGUCAGCAUGAAAGGAACCAUUUGUAACCCUGGACCCCGGAAGUCUAUGUCUAAGCUGCUUUACAUCCGUCUAGCGCUCUUUCUGCCAGAGAUGGUCUGGGCAUCGCUGGGGGCCGCCUGGGUAGCAGAUGGUGUCCAGUGUGACAGAACAGUUGUGAGCGGCAUCAUUGCAACCGUCGUUGUCAGUUGGAUCAUCAUCGCUGCCACUGUUGUCACCAUUAUCAUUGUCUUUGACCCUCUUGGGGGGAAAACAGUUCCCUAUUCCUCUGCUGGUCCUGGUCACCUGGAUAGUCACGAAUCAAGCCAGUUACUUAAUGGCCUCAAGACAGCAGCUACAAGCGUGUGGGAAACAAGAAUCAAGUUGUUGUGCUGUUGCGUGGGAAAAGACGAUCACACUCGAAAUGCUUUUUCGAGUACGGCAGAGCUUUUCUCAACCUACUUUUCAGACACAGAUCUAGUGCCCAGUGACAUUGCUGCAGGCCUGGCCCUUCUCCAUCAGCAGCAGGACAGUAUCAGCAGCAACCAGGAACUGGAAGAAGUGACCAGCCACUCUUCAGGGCACUCCCAGGAAGCUGAACUGGAUGCAGAAUUAGAAAACUGCCAUCAUUAUAUGCAGUUUGCAGCAGCUGCCUAUGGGUGGCCUCUCUACAUUUAUAGAAACCCAUUUACUGGGCUGUGCAAGAUUGGUGGUGAUUGUUGUAGAAGCAGGACAACAGAGUAUGAGCUGGUGGGAGGUGAUCAGGCCAACUGCCAUUUUGGCUCCAUCCUGCAUACGACAGGCCUGCAGUACAGGGACUUCAUUCACAUAAGCUUUCAUGACAAGGUAUACGAGCUGCCCUUCUUAGUGGCUCUGGAUCACAGGAAGGAGUGUGUCGUGGUUGCUGUGAGAGGGACCAUGUCUCUGCAGGACAUCCUCACCGACCUGUCUGCUGAAAGUGAGAGCCUCCACCUGGACACGGACCUGCAGGACUGUGUUGCGCACAAGGGAAUUUCUCAGGCCGCGAGAUACAUUUACCGACGACUGGUCAACGAUGGAAUCCUGAGCCAGGCAUUCAGCAUCGCUCCUGAGUACCAGCUGGUCGUGGUGGGGCACAGCCUGGGAGCAGGGGCGGCCGCCCUGCUGGCCAUCAUGCUGCGAAGCUCCUACCCACAGGUCCGGGCCUAUGCCUUCUCCCCACCCCGAGGGCUUCUAAGCAAAUCUCUUUAUGAGUACUCCAAGGACUUCAUUGUGUCACUUGUCCUAGGAAAGGAUGUGAUUCCAAGGUUAAGCGUGACCAAUUUGGAAGAUCUGAAGAAAAGAAUCUUGCGAGUGAUCGCCCACUGUAAUAAGCCGAAGUACAAGAUCUUACUGCAAGGCUGCUGGUACGAACUGUUUGGAGGGAGUCCCAGUAACUUCCCCACUGAACUGUAUGGAGGCGACCAGGGACACCUGACACAGCCUCUUCUGGGGGAGCAGAGUCUGCUGACACACUGGUCCCCGGCAUACAGCUUCUCCAGUGACUCCCCGCUAGACUCUCCCACCAAGUACCCGCCUCUGUACCCCCCUGGCAGGAUCAUCCACCUGGAGGAAGAGGGAGCUUCUGGGAGGUGCUCUUCUCUUUUUUUAUUGAAGGUUUGGCUGCUGUUCUGCUGCUCAGUACAGGGCGAGGUGGGCACAUGAAGCGGAAUUCAGCAGAAUACUCAUAGGCCCAAAGAUGCUGACUGACCACAUGCCGGACAUCCUAAUGAGAGCCCUGGACACCGUGGUCACCAACAGAGCAGCCUGUCUCUCCUGUCCAGGGCAUGGGGUCUCUAGUGUGGAUGUGGCAUGACCAGACCUACUGGAAACUGCCCAGACAGUGGACACACAUUUGUUCUUGAACUUUGUGACUUCUCUGAGGCCAGUAUUUGGAUGUCUAUGGACAGAAAUCUGAUUAGCCUUCAAUUCAGUGGGCUUUGGAAUGCCUCAAAUACAAGGGAGCUACUUUUGAUCACAGUAUUCACAGGAGGGGGAGCCUGGGUGAGCACCAAGGCAAAUAGGAUUUCUGCACUGAGAGCAUGGCAGAGGACUGUCCCCACGGCCACCUGGGAGCUGUCUCAGAAGACACCGCAAGUGUCUGAAGACUGUAAACUAACCCGUAGCUUCCCUUCAGGGUCUUGUCCUGCCACAGCUUAGCUGAGUCCAAAUUUGGAUGGCAGGAACAUGGUUUACUUUCCACUCUUUUCCUCCUGGGCGACCCUGAGUGCCAACUGCGGGUGAAGACAGCUGGAUGGUGAAAGAAACCAUACCCUGCACUCUAUGGCCUCUGGUUACUGCCUAGGUGUUUAAACCGUAAGAGUUGAAUACUGUCUCUGAGGCCUGCCAGUGGGUUCAGAGGGAGUUAAAGGAAAAAAAAGUAAAUAAAGCAUUUAUACAGAGU